CGCGCGGCGAGCACGUGCGGGGGCCGACGGACACCCCAGCUUCUCGGGAGGCCAGUGCCCCUGGCCCACAGGUGCAGAGAUUGUGGGCAGACCAAGCGGUCGCUGCGGAGGAGGAAGAGGAGGGAUCGGCACUCUCCAGCGGCGGCGGCGCGGCGACUCGGCUAGGCGGAGUUUCGCGGCGGCUGCGCCCGUCUUUGGCUCGCGGGCGAGGAGGGCGCCCUGUCCAGCCCGGCGACCGCGAGUCCGACUCCGGGCGUCCCCGAGGCGUCCAGACAGCAAGCGCACACUCAGGACCCUCUGUGCUGCACCGGCAGCCUCCAGCCAGCAUGGAGAAGGACGGCCUGAGCCGUGCAGACCAGCAGUAUGAGUGCGUGGCGGAGAUUGGCGAGGGCGCCUAUGGGAAGGUGUUCAAGGCCCGCGACCUGAAGAACGGCGGCCGCUUCGUGGCUCUGAAGCGCGUGCGGGUGCAGACCGGAGAGGAGGGCAUGCCGCUCUCCACCAUCCGCGAGGUGGCGGUGCUGAGGCACCUGGAGACCUUUGAGCACCCCAACGUGGUCAGGUUGUUUGAUGUGUGCACUGUGUCACGAACAGACAGAGAAACCAAACUUACACUAGUGUUUGAGCACGUUGAUCAAGACUUGACCACCUACUUGGAUAAAGUUCCGGAGCCUGGAGUGCCCACAGAAACCAUAAAGGAUAUGAUGUUUCAGCUUCUCCGAGGUCUGGACUUUCUUCAUUCUCACCGAGUAGUGCAUCGUGACCUAAAGCCACAGAAUAUCCUGGUGACCAGCAGUGGACAAAUCAAACUGGCUGACUUUGGCCUUGCCCGCAUCUAUAGUUUUCAAAUGGCCCUGACGUCAGUGGUUGUUACACUGUGGUACCGAGCCCCAGAAGUCUUGCUCCAGUCCAGCUACGCCACGCCCGUGGAUCUCUGGAGUGUCGGCUGCAUAUUUGCAGAGAUGUUUCGCAGAAAGCCUCUUUUUCGUGGAAGUUCAGAUGUGGAUCAACUAGGAAAAAUCUUGGACGUGAUUGGACUCCCAGGAGAGGAAGACUGGCCCAGGGAUGUUGCUCUUCCCAGACAGGCUUUCCAAUCCAAAUCUGCCCAACCCAUCGAGAAAUUCGUGACAGAUAUUGACGAACUAGGCAAAGACCUACUUCUGAAAUGCUUGACAUUUAAUCCAGCGAAAAGAAUAUCCGCCUAUGGCGCCCUGAAUCACCCGUACUUCCAAGACCUGGAGAGGUACAAGGACCACCUGCACUCCCACCUGCCACCCAGCCAGACCACCUCGGAGCUGAACACAGCCUGAGGAUCGUGGGGGAUACCACGAGCUGCUCAUCUAAACAUGUCGUGGCUGACGAGUCCCCUGAGAAAGCCUUGCAGAGCAGUUGAAGAUGGCUGCCUGCGGGCCUUCCAGAUGCCAGCUUCUGGAUGGGCCCUGCUUCACCAAGGAGACCACCUAGUUUACUGUUCCAAAAUCAAUGCAAGAGCGAUUGCCGCUUUAUGUUCGUUCACCUGUCUUGUCUGUCUGUCUGAAGAACCUGGAAAACUUCCAGAUGAAGAGAAGCUGCUGACCCAUCGUGCUGCCAUUUCAUUUUCUAACCUUGAGUGCUGCCCACUGUGGGAUGGUAAUCUAGGUCCGGCUGAGUUAUGACAUCAUCUCUGCAGCUGCUGGGCCUGCUUUGGUACUUGUGACUGUGUGUGUGUCUGAGAGAGAGAGAGAGAGAGAGAGAGAGAGAGAGAGAGAGAGAGAGAGAGAGAGAGAGAGAGAGAGAGGUUCCUGAUCUUGUAAAGUGUUAACUUUUUGUAGACAACAAGAAUUGAAUUUUAGACUAAGGUGAUUGAAUCACAAUGAAGGUGAUUGAGCAGUGUGUUUCUCUCCAGUUAGAAAGGUGAGCCUAUGUCCUCAGCAUUUCCUUUCUGUCCAAAAGCUUUUGCUAGCUGUAAACGAUAAAGUUUUGGACACCACAAAAACAAGAAGGUGAAAGGGAGGGGAAACCCGGUAUCUCUAAAGAGACUUUUUCGAAGCAUGCAUUCUUCUGUUUGCUCUUUGGAAAGCUGAAUGUACUUGUCCUAAGUCCUGUGUAUAGCACAGUACCUAAUUCUUCUCUGGGGAAAGGCCCUAUACGCAUUUUAUUACUUGCAAUAGAUUUAGGGACUGUUCUUCAAAUAGGUUUUAAAGAUAAAGAAAGCCUAUAUUUCCUGGUUUGAGAUGUUAUUUCCUUUGCAUUUCUUGUUAUUUAGUUUUUUUGUUUUAGAGAGUUGCUCCCUUCUCUGAUUUGGAGAUGGUUCUGACUAGAGACAGGAAUGCCACGAGGUUCUCUCCACCUUACCUUCCACCCCAUAAUUUCUGCCGUGCAUCUGCCUCGUUCUGAUUUGUCUGUACAGUGCCCACCUUCUCCAUCGCCAGCACGUCUAACCCAUGUUCCUACCAUGCCUAGCUGAGGACGGAUUGCCUAGCUGCCCGCUACCACCACACCUCUGCCUGCCCGCUGUCUUUUCACUGAACGCUUUGCUACCAGCCUUGUUUAUGGCUCAUGGCUCGAAUUCUGCGAUCCUAAUAGGGUCCUCCUACAUUUUCUUAGUGUAGUCUUCCCACCUGCUGUCCCUGAGGUCACUUGUCCAGCGUGUCACCACCAUCUAGAUUGCUUUACAUUUUUAUAGAGUGGAUUGUGGAUGAAAUGUCUAAGGGGAUGGGUGUCUUCUCCCCCUUUUAGAGAAACUGUUUACUUUCUCUCCAUCCCCUGGAUGUGCUGUUUUCUGGUGCCCUGUGCUUUCUGUAGAGCCAGCCUGGCCGGGGCUUCAUAAACAACUUUCCCUUGCUGUCUGCUCUCAGUUCUCUAUGCUCCGUGCCACUUUUGCCUUAUCCACAGGUUUGGUGCACCGGUAAUUAGAAAGCACAGAAAGCAGCUUUGGGGAAGUUUAGCUGUCUUUUAAUCAUGUUUGGAGUGCAUGUAAGUAGGAACUAGAUCAUGUUUCAGCAUACUUGGACAGAAUGACCGAUGUCAGAUUCAGAUGGUGUAUUCUGAAGCCUUACUGAGUUUUUUUUUUUGCAGCUGAAUAAUGCUUGUGAUUAUCUUGGAUAGAGGUGAGUUAGGUGCCCUUCCUAUGAGCUUUGGGGGCUGGGAGUCAGUCUUUUCCCUUUUUAAUACAUGUAUUACAUUUUUUUGAUUCACUUUCUUUAGAAACAAGUUUUUUUUUUUUUCCAAAAGCAAGAUUUAAAAAAAAAAAAAUUCUAGGCUGUGUGAAUGUCCUGUGUAUCAUCAUUACAGCCCUGGGAUGUGUUGUGAGUGCCGUCAAAGCUCGAGAUAGGCUCGGAGCAGCCAGCAGGUCUACCCUAAGUCUCUUCACAGCAGUGGGUUCUGCUUUGCCUUGAGCAAGGCUCAAAAUGUAGGCUUUUGCUGCGGCCUAGAAAUUAAAUAUAAAACUCACUUCACCAUGGCCUACUCCAUUUUGGAUUAGCAUCCAUGUGAUAAAGUGAAAAUAAUUUUGAAGGUUUUGCUUUUGGAAAAAAAAAAUAGUGUCUCCCCCGAAUUGCUUUGUUUGAGGAAAAUACAGCUGUCUUAAACUGGAAUCUUUUAGUAUUGUGCAGAAUUUUUAAGGUAUAGUAUUCAACUUCAUUAUUGUCAUCUGUUUGGGGCUUAUUUCUAAGUAGGUUUCGGAGGGAUUGUUGUUUUCGGGGGGUUGAUUUUGUUUUGUUUUGUUUGUUUUUCGAGGCAGGGCUUCUCUGUGUAACAGUCCUGGCUGUCCUGGAACUAGCUCUUCUAGACCAGCCUGCCCUCAAACUCGCAGAGAUCCUUCUGCCUCUGCCUCCAGAGUGCUGGCACUAAAGGUAUGUGCCACCACCAGCCUGCUUUAAGUAGUAUUUUAAGUCACAAACAUUUUGGUAUUAGAAACUUGGCAUAUUGUGCCAGAAUGAUCCAGAAAGGACAUCCCUGCCUCUCUGGACCUCAUCUCUGCCCCAGCUCUUCAUUCAUGCAGUCCUCUGGGUGUCGGGCACCUUGCCAUCCCGGCCCUUAGUAGUACAUGGAAGCAUAAGGUGGAAUAAAGGCUCAGUGCGCAGGGCUCACCCUGGGGCCUAUGGAUUCAACACCUUUGUCACUAACGAAGACCUUCUGCCCCAGGGUUCUGCUGAAACAGCUUUUAGUGAUGAGAAACAGGUUUGAAAUUACUGUAGAAAUAGUGGAAGAAUGUGCCUAACCGCUUCUCUUCAGGGUUUGGUCCCGGGCCCUGGCAUUGCAAGACUGUCUGGAGUUGUAACAUCCUCUUCAGAAACAAGAGGGGAGAUUUUCCAAGUAGUCCCCAUGAGCUCCCAGGCUAUCUUGUGAGGAGUCCUGACCGCCCCGCCACCCUGAGACACACAGUCUGUGAGCGCCCGGUGGGCUGCAGCGUCCCACUUUGUCCCUCUUUGAAGAAGAUGGGCGCUCAAGCAGCAGAGAAACUGUCCCCUGCUUCUCACGAUUUCCUCUCAGAACCCCUCACUGAAUAGUAGAUUUGAAUUUAGUCUCAGGUGAUUUACUUCAAACAGCCCAGAAGUCCUCACUUAAAAACCGAAUUUCCACGUGGUCAUUUUUUAGUAAAAAUAAAAAGUCUAGGAUACCUUCUGGGUGUUGCCAUAAACUACUUCUCUUUGAAUAGAAAGGUGUGCAGAUGGCUCAGCAAUGGAAAGCUGUUCAGCUAGUUUGAGAAAGUCAAUAGGACCCAACAUUUUGAACUUUAAAGCAUGUCCUGAAAUUGUUUUCUAAAGACUUUUAUUUGUCUGUAUGUGCCACUGUGAGUAUGCCAAGCAUGUUGCCGGUGCCCUAGAGUCCAGGAGAGAGUGUCGGAUCCCCUGGAGUUGGAACCUCGCUGACGUGGGUGCUGGGAACUGAACUGUGGUCUCCAGCAAAAUCAGGAAAGAGCAGGACUCGAUUUUAACCUCUGCAGCUCCCGUGCAGAUAUUUUUUAAGGGACCAUAGCUGCUUCUAUUAAGAAUUAUGCCUACUAAAGGCAGUUACAGCCAUUCUCAUUAGGGGAGUUAAAUCAUGUAAGUGUUCGAGAACCACACUCACACACACGCGCGCGCGCACACACACACGCACA